AUGUCGCUCACUCAAAAUGUAUUUUUCAGCCCUUUAGUAGAAUUUUCUCAUACAAAACUUUGCAACAAAAGCAAACUUGCUAAUCCAAUUUUUGGUUACGAAAAGCUCAAGUCAAAGACUAGAAGAAGUGGUAAAUUGGGUGUUAACUAUAAUGGCUAUCCCUUCUUCACCCGUCCCAGCCACCCUCUUGAAUCCGAACUGUCGUUUGAGACAGAGUCGGGUGGCGGGAUAGGGAUUGAUAGCUUCUUCCAAGGGAAGAACAUUUUCAUUACCGGUGGAACUGGUCUUCUUGGAAAAACUCUAAUAGAAAAGCUAUUGAGAUCGACAUCUCUCGGAAAAAUCUACGUACUAGUUCAGGCAAGUGAUAAUGAGGCUGCGUUUGAUAGACUAUCGAACGAGAUUAUGAAGUCGGAGUUAUUUGUAUGUUUACGAGAAAAAUAUGGGAGCACAUACGAAGAAUAUGUGAAAUCUAAGGUGAUACCAGUGGUUGGAAAUAUUUGUGAACCAAAUCUUGGAAUGGAUAUAAAUUCAGCAAACAAAGUUAUGGAGGAAGUGGAUGUCAUAGUUGAAUCUGCAGCUAGCACAACAUUUUAUGACAGGUACGAUUUUCUACUCGAUAUAAACGUGAAUGCACCUCUACGGCUAAUGAGGUUCGCCAAGAAUUGCAAAAAUCUCAAACUUUUUGUGCAUAUGUCCACUGCAUAUGUUAAUGGAAGAAGAGAAGGGAUAAUCUAUGAGAAGCCGUUGAUGAUGGGAGAGAAUGGGAGAAAGCAUGAUGAGAUACGUUCCUCGUUGUUUCCUCUAGAUCCGGCCGAUGAGAUGAACUUGGCUAUGAAAGCCUGCAUAGCCUCAACCGGUCGUGACACUACAAAAGAACUCAAGAGGCUCGGCCUAGAAAGGGCUGCAUACUAUGGAUGGUACAACGCAUAUCAUAUGACUAAGGCAAUGGGAGAAAUGGUCCUUAACGAAACUAGACAAGACGUCCCACUGCUUAUUUUGAGGCCAUCCAUCAUCGAGAGCUGCUAUAAAGAGCCUGUUCCUGGAUGGAUACAAGGAAAUAGAAUGUAUGAUCCAGUGAUUAUUUCUUAUGGGAAGGGACAACUUCCUGCUUAUCUAGCUGAUCCUGACUUACAUACUGACAUUGUUCCAGUAGACAUGGUAGCGAAUACAACGAUUGCAGCUAUUGCUAAGCAUGGAAUUAUGAUCAGGGCAGGAGUGAAUGUGUACCAUGUGACAACUGACUUUGUGAAUCCUCUAAGAUUCAAUGAAAUGUUCGAAUAUAUUUAUGAGCAUUUUAGUGCAAAUCCUUUAGUUGAAACUGGAAAUGUGAGUGAAAUGAAGUUGUUCGACCAAUUUUGUAACUUGUCCGAUUACUUAAGAGAGCAAAAUGCAGUAGUUGGUGUGGAAGCGAAGGUUCGGAAACAAAACAAAGCAAGGGUUGCUUAUGCGGAGCAACUUUGCAAGAUGUAUGAGUUUCUAGGAUUCUUCAAAGCCAGGUUCCAUUGUGGCAAUACUAGGGUGUUGUUGGAGGAGAUGUCGGAAGAGGAGCGAGUUGUGUUCGAAGUGGAUGCAACAAAGAUAGAUUGGAAUAAGUAUUUUGUCGACAUUCAUAUUCCGGGAUUGAGAACGCAUGUGAUCAACGAGGCGAGGCUGUCUAUCUAA